AUGAGAUUUCAAAUAGAAUUGAAAGAGGGAGCGAUACUGGUUACCCAAAAUUUGAUAAAACCGGCUAAUGAUGUCGUGGAAUUCUGGUCAAAGAUCAAAGUUCACCCAGCGAAAGCUGGAACCUUGAGCUACAGAGGGAACAAGGAGGAUGCGUGCUUGAUUUCGCCAAAGAGCUGUAAUGGCGUCGACAAUUGGCGAAGCUCUGCUCAGCUCUUUGGCGUUGAUCGGAGAUGGCUCCGCGCUUUAGUCAGAAUGGAGAGGUGGUCGCAAUUGUCUCUGAUUCACCCAUUGAGCUGGUUGAGCCAAGAGGCAAGAUUUCAAAGACAAGGCGUCGCGAAUCUGACGCAGGUCGAGAUCUUACACGGACGAGGUCGCUGCUUUAGUCGUGAUGAAUGGGAAAACCCCGAGAGGAGGCAUCAAGGAGACAAGGUCGAAGCUUUGGGGUGGAUUGUCUUAGACACGUGGAAUUCGGUCAUGACAGGGUCCAUCUCGUCAGAAAAAUGCCCCUCACUGGCUAUGCAAGCAUCCGCCGUCUGGCGAGCUUUCGGGCGGAAGGCGGAUCGUGUGUGCAAGCCACUGCAUCAGAUUGGUCAUACGGGCCUCAAUAUGUUGUCUUCUUGUCUCAGUCCAGACCAGGUUGACCCGCUCCGCCUGACCAACCACCCGACCAAGUUGGAAAUUCCUGAGACAGCAAUGUGCCAAAAUAACGAUCGUGCAUUUACCCUGGUGAGCACAGUCUCUGAUCUCAUUAUGCUGCCCGAUAACCCGACGAUUGGACGUCAAGUGCGUCAGGCGUUUGACGACUCUCAACUGCCUUGCGACAUCCGGGCAACUAUUUUGACUCAUGGACCUGACGGUGAGGCUUGA